AGUGAAGUUUUAUUCUUACGAUUUGGGACAUUGUAAUGAGUGUAACUAUUUGUAAAACCAACGAACCAUUCUGAAUUUAGAGUUUUUAAGCGCCACGUGGUCAACCAAACUACAAGUUGGAGGCGGCUGUCAAAAAACUUGGCUUCCAGUUCCAGUUCCCAAAGUGAGUAGAGAAGAGACCCCUUUAAUAGAGAAAUGGAUCAGUCUUUGCCAAACCAUCAGCAAAGAGGUGCCCCUCAACGCGCCGUACCAGUCGGGGCUUUCAGGCAGGGUAAUGUUCCCACUCUGGAGAGAGGCAUCAUCAGUGGAGACAACGUCCAGUUUGGGAGGCUGCGGCGUCGCACACAUUUGUCCCAGUCAGAGAGCCAAAGCUCUGGGGCUGAAGAUGAGUGGUUGAGCUCCUCCAUGGAGGCAAGAGGCUCCUACGGUCAAAGCCCCAUCCUCCAGGGCAUGCAGGCAGAGGGAAUCUGGUACAACCGCAGCGCCUACGAGCAGGCCGAGAGCAGCUACCAACGCUGGCUCGCCACUAAUAACGGACCAUUGUCGUCCUCUCCGCGGAGCCCGAGCACCAGAGGCUCUAUGACCUUCCACUCCAGACGCACCCACAAUCAGCAGCAGGAUCAGGGGCACCCUGUCAGAACAGUAAAGGCCUCUGGUACCCCUCACCGCCGGAACAGUAGAGGCCGCCAUCGCACCUCCUCUGAGACCGAGCAGGGGGGCAAAGGCAGCAGGGGGCCAAAUCAAAGGAAGAGGGGCCUCUCUGAGACGGAAAGCAGGCCCAGAUGGGACAAGUAUGACACACAUGGAAUGGGAGAGACUUGAUGUGUGUUUUCAGUUUACUUAACCAUAAUGAUAUUUUUUUAUUUAUUUGUUGUCUGUCUGCAUUUUUGUUGGGCCUUUUUACAGUUAGGCUAACUUUUAUGUAUUGUGUAUAAUAUAUUUGAUACACAGGUUUAUAGAAACUUUGGAGUUUCUUGUUUAAGCCACAUUCAGACCGAAAUGUAGCACCCUCAUUCAUUUAAAGGUCGUCAGUCCAUUGUCGCGGGGUUGCCAAUGCAGAGGGCUUCAGCAAAAAACAAAAAGUUGAAUCCGCUCAACUUUUACAACAGAACCAUGCAAAAUCAUCCAGCUGCUGUAUUCGCUGUAUUUCUGCUGUUUAUCUCGCGAUCAUCGUGAGGAAAGAUAAAAUGAUUUCUUUUCUCGAGUUGUAAAAUCUUGAGUUAUGUUAAUUGCUGUGCAGUGUUUUGGCAUCCAAGAAGCCUUCGAACUCAUGGAUAUACUCCUGAAACAGCACACAUCACUAAUGCAUCCCUAUCUAUCUAGAGUCCUGUAUUGUAAACUGAGUCUGUGUUUUAAACAAUCAAGUAGACCUCUGCUAUCACUAAGGGGGGUUGGUUGGGCAGUGAGCAAUGUUUUGUUCUAUAAUCCAGACUUUGCAGACCAGGCAACUCUGUUUCACUGACUGAGGAAUGUGUAGAUGCCUGUCUGCUGCAGUAACCCAUCAGCAAAAUUAGAAGGGGAGGUGUAAUA